UUCAAAUGGCAAUCGAUUGUGAACUGGUGAAUUAGAAGAAGCAGUGAACAAACAUUUCGUCCCACUCGUAAAUUUAGAGUUUUUCAUUGUAAAAUUCCGUCUCAAAAUUAAAACGGAACGGGUUUUUUGAGUAAAUGUCAAAAAAAGCAGAACUUAACAAACGAAAAAUUAAAAAAACAAUAAUUUGCCAUAAGCGGAAAAACAGCAAAUAAUAUUUGCCAACCGGCACAACUUUGUCACAUAUUCCGUUUUUUUCUUCUCUUCAAUAUCUUGUGCGCAGUACCCAGCAACACAACGUAUGUGAAGUUGUGUAUCAGUAAACAGAAGGCAAUCGCAAGAAGAAGCGCAGCAGUGGAAUUAAAAGGCAGAACUUUGCAUUUAUUAAAUAAUUUGUAAAAAAAUUGGAGAUUGUCAUUGAGAACUUUAUUCAUAUUGCAAUUGGAAAGCUAUUUAAAACGAAUCCAGCUAAGAGUACGUGGUGCUUGAAGAACGACUUAAGUGUCUUGCAUUCGAAGGACCUUCAAAGGAUAAUCGGCGGAGUUUUGUGAAAAACCUGAAGGCGAUCUCAGUGGCCUGAUCCCAGUUCCCUUAUGUGAAGCAGUCAACUUAUUGCUUACUCUUUUACUCAGUAUUUUUGACGUUUAAUAAUAACGUUGAGCAAACAAAUUGAGGCUGGCUACAAAGCGAUAUAUAUACAUAUAUAAAAGUAUACAUACAUAUUUAACAUAGUAGAAGUAAACUGCAGAUUCGCUCACAUUGCUACUUUAGUAUAUAAAACGGCUAAAGUUAAAAAAAUAUACAUUCCAAGUACGCAUCCGCGAACUACAAAACAAGAAAAGCUAAGGAGCAAAAAAUAUUCACAAUACAGUAUAAACGCCGUAAUUUCCAAAAUUCUGGUCAGUUAAUAGGCACAAAAACAACCAAGUGUGUAGGCGUUCUAAAUUAUAGGCAUCAAUUCAAAUAUCAGCAACGAAAACGUUAACAACCAAGUACAACGAUAAACAUAACACCGCGUUACUGCCUGCUCAUAACGUCGUUUCAACGCAGUUGGUACCGUAAAGGCACGUUGCUUCAUUUGAGUUUAUUCGGCUGAGCGUUAAACGCAGUAUAGCUUUCACCACGUCUCAGGGAGAAGAUAUGGAUAUUGAUUCUGCUCCUGUGCCACCACCACAGGAGUACUCAGAUAACCCAACAGGCUAUCAGUCGGAAUCAUCAAUGAAUUUCGAUUAUUUGCACGGUUUAAAUGAGGGCGCAUCCGCCGCAGCUAGGGCGUCCUCAUCAGCGACAUCACUGGGCGGUCAUGGCGGUUCGUCGGAUUCGCCGCGCCAUUUCGGUGCCGUUGGCGGGGGUGGCAUAGAUGCGAGCACUUCCAGUAUGCAGAGCUACGGCUACGUUGAUGACAGUAAAGCAUUGGACAGGUUGUUAUCAAAAUGUAUUUGAAACUAAAAAAAAAAGAAUUGUUUUCUUAAAAAUACUAUAUACUUACAUUAUGUAUAGUUGGUGCUAAAAUCUUACAACUGAAAAUGGUAAAAAGUGCUUGUUUUGAGUUGUGUUGGAAAUCACAGUGUUUCCAAAGUUGCUUCCUAAUAUAACAACAAUGUGUGGGUGUCAUAAAAAACAUACUAAAUAUGAACAUGUAAUAGUAGUGCAAACGAGUCGCUUCGAACGCGUGCAAAGUAAGCUCAAGGCACACUUUCGUUUUCAUAACUCCGUAUAAGGAACCGUGAACGAAAGCAAGUUAUAGAAGGGUGUAUGAUUCAAUAUUAGCCAGAGUUUCCCAGUGGCAUCCAAGUAUUAAUUGAUACGUUCGCGUAUUACUACAUAAACAGGCUAAAGUAAAGCAUCAGUUAGAUUUAUAUCUAAAGCAUAAAGAGAGGAUAAUGUCCGAUAUUCACCACCAGCUGGAAAAUUUUAUCCAGCUAAGUAGUACAAAUUAAAUAUUCACGAUUAAGAAAUAUAAGAAGCUGAGCUGUUACAUUAAGGAG